CCCAUUUCCCGGCCCGUCCCGGGCUCGGCCGGCCCCCGCGCCCAGGCGGCUGCUCCCUGCUGACUGGGGUGUGGGCGGGGAGCGGCGGAGGGAGGAGGAGGCGCUGCUGGCCGCCGCCGUUGCCUCCGCUGCUGGACGCCUGGGCAGCUCACCGGGUUUCCGCGGCCGCCAUGGACGAGCAAGCGGGUCCCGGAGUCUUCUUCAGCAACAACCACCCGGGCGCCGGCGGUGCCAAGGGUCUCGGGCCUCUGGCGGAGGCGGCAGCGGCCGGCGACGGGGCGGCUGCGGCAGGGGCGGCCCGAGCCCAGUACAGCCUGCCGGGGAUCCUGCACUUCCUCCAGCACGAGUGGGCCCGCUUCGAGGUGGAGAGAGCCCAGUGGGAGGUGGAGCGGGCGGAGCUGCAGGCCCAGAUUGCUUUCCUUCAGGGGGAAAGGAAAGGUCAAGAAAAUUUGAAGAAGGAUCUUGUGAGGCGGAUCAAAAUGCUGGAGUAUGCUCUUAAACAGGAAAGAGCCAAAUACCACAAGUUGAAAUAUGGGACAGAAUUGAAUCAGGGAGAUAUGAAGCCUCCAAGCUAUGAUUCUGAUGAAGGUAAUGAAACAGAGGUGCAGCCACAACAAAAUAGCCAGUUAAUGUGGAAACAAGGUCGACAACUACUCAGACAGUAUCUACAGGAAGUCGGUUACACAGAUACUAUUCUAGAUGUGAAAUCUAAGCGAGUGCGAGCUUUGUUGGGCUUUUCAAGUGAUGUCACGGACAGGGAAGAUGACAAAAAUCAGGAUUCUGUUAUAAAUGGCACAGAAGGUGAAGUUAAAGACACAGCAAUGAUUGGAAAAUCCGAGUUAACGGAUUCUGCCUCUGUGCUGGAUAAUUUCAAAUUCCUUGAAAAUGCAGCUGCAGAUUUCAGUGAUGAAGAUGAAGAUGAUGACAUUGAUGGAAGAGAAAAAAGCAUCAUUGAUACUUCAACAAUUGUUAGGAAAAAAGCAUUGCCUGAUAGCAGUGAAGAUCGAGAUACAAAAGAAGCUCUAAAGGAGUUUGACUUUUUGGUUGCAUCAGAGGAAGGAGACAAUGAAUCUAGAAGUGCAGGCGAUGGAACGGACUGGGAAAAGGAAGACCAGUGUCUCAUGCCUGAAGCUUGGAAUGUGGACCAGGGAGUAAUUACCAAACUCAAGGAACAAUACAAAAAGGAGAGAAAGGGGAAAAAAGGGGUGAAGAGAAAAACUACCGAAGAUCUGUUUCAGCCUCUAUCCUAUAUAAAACAGUCAAAACAGGGAUGUGGGAGAAUGAAGAAUCAAAUUUCAGGACCCAAUAGGUCAAAACUACAAGAUAUGCUUGCUAAUUUGAGAGAUGUUGAUGAACUUCCCUCAUUGCAACCAUCUGUGGGUUCACCUUCCAGACCCAGCAGCUCCAGGCUUCCUGAACACGAAAUAAAUAGGGCAGAUGAAGUGGAAGCAUUGACAUUUCCUCCUUCUUCUGGGAAGUCAUUCAUCAUGGGAGCAGAUGAAGCCCUUGAAAGUGAACUGGGACUUGGAGAAUUGGCAGGCCUUACAGUGGCCAAUGAAGCAGACUCACUCACCUACGAUAUAGCAAACAAUAAAGAUGCAUUGCGGAAGACAUGGAACCCUAAGUUUACAUUAAGAAGUCACUUUGAUGGUAUUCGAGCCCUUGCUUUCCAUCCCAUUGAGCCUGUUUUGAUAACAGCAUCAGAGGAUCACACAUUAAAAAUGUGGAAUUUGCAGAAAACAGCCCCAGCCAAAAAGAGUACAUCUCUUGAUGUGGAGCCUAUCUAUACAUUCAGGGCUCAUAAAGGUCCGGUGCUCUGUGUGGUAAUGAGCAGCAGUGGUGAGCAGUGUUACAGUGGUGGUACUGACGGACUGAUCCAGGGCUGGAACACCACCAACCCCAACAUCGAUCCCUAUGACUCCUACGAUCCUUCUGUUUUAAGAGGCCCUCUGCUAGGCCACACCGAUGCAGUCUGGGGUUUGGCUUAUAGUGCAGCACAUCAGCGUUUGUUGUCCUGUUCAGCAGAUGGCACUCUCCGUUUAUGGAAUACAACAGAGGUUGCUCCAGCCCUGAGUGUAUUUAAUGAUAAUCAAGAAUUGGGAAUCCCCGCCUCUGUGGACCUAGUGAGCAGUGACCCGAGCCAUAUGGUAGCAUCAUUCAGCAAAGGAUAUACAAGCAUCUUUAACAUGGAAACACAACAACGCAUUCUCACUUUAGAAUCCAACCUAGAUACAACUGCCAACUCUUCCUGCCAAAUAAAUAGAGUCAUCAGUCAUCCCACUCUUCCCAUCAGCAUCACUGCUCAUGAAGACAGGCACAUCAAAUUCUAUGAUAACAAUACAGGCAAACUCAUCCACUCGAUGGUAGCCCACCUAGAAGCCGUUACAAGUUUAGCAGUUGAUCCUAAUGGCCUGUACUUGAUGUCUGGCAGUCAUGACUGUUCAAUACGGUUAUGGAACCUAGAAAGUAAGACAUGUAUCCAAGAGUUCACAGCUCAUCGGAAAAAGUUUGAAGAAUCAAUUCACGAUGUAGCUUUCCACCCAUCCAAAUGCUAUAUAGCCAGUGCUGGGGCUGAUGCACUGGCUAAAGUCUUUGUAUGACAGAAUGCAUCAUCUUCACCUUCUAGCUCUUUAUAAAUAAUCAACUGCACAAAAGAGAUACAGAAGACCAGGGCAAGAAGCAACCCAUCCUGCCCUCUCUUUCUGCUGAAGGAGCACAGAGGACAUUUGUUAAAGUAUAGUUUUGCAAUUCGUAUACUGUUUUCUAAAACUAAGGUUUGUUCAGGUUGCUGCAAGCUCAGCUGAAUCUAUGAGCCUGAAAACUGUUUCAAAUUUCCCCCAAAAUAGGAGCUUUUAUUUCUGAGAUGGUUCUAAUUCGCUAGGCAGGCCUGAGCGAACUUAAGUUGAGUUUGUCCCCUAUUGAGUAAAUAGGACACACUAUAUGGGAUAAUUAAAAAACUUGAUGGCUGGGAAAGGUAGAGGAAGAGCAGAAAUUUAGACCUAGGUCUCCCCUGAGAAAUCUUGUUAAACACAUUAGCAGUCAAAACAGUAAUCUUUACCUUAUCUGUUGUACUAACCCCUGUGUGUCUAAUGACCAUGCAGUGUUAAAAUGAGUUUUGAAUUUAUCAAUCCUUUCAACUGUUCACAUAAAGCACCUGGCAAAGCAUUUUACCUAUUAGGGGAAAAAAAGAAAUGCAAUAGUAUGUUAAAUAUAUUAUUAUUUAGAAAUGCUAAACAACUAUUUAGUUUGUAAGCAAAUUUCUAUAUUGUAUUACAUUUUUGGAAAUAGAUUUGGUACCAUUCUAAAGUUUAGCUGUCAAAAACACUCACCAGUGUGAAGAGUAGUUGAUAGAAUCUGCUUUUACUAAAAGAUUUAACUUAUUCAGGUUUAAGAUUCUGUUUAUUUUUAAGGGCAAGCAGGGCAUGUCUCUAUAAUAAUUUCUAUUAAUUUUAAAACUCAUUUUAUUCAUGUGAUAUUUAUAUUACCAGAGUGAUUAUUUCAUAUCGAUGAACUCUUAACUUUCUAGUGGUUGAAAAGAUGGGAGUUAUUUGCAAGUACUCAUUUAUCAAAACCCACAUAACCAUGCUUCAGAUGAUCUCUGCUCUUUCUUCUUUGUCUUCCAUAUUCAAAUUAUCUGACACCUAUCAAAAAUAGUUUAUAAUUACUAUGUUUUAAUAGUCCAAGGGGUAUGGUUAACCUCAGGCAGCUGCUUUUGCAGAUGUACUAAAGUAAAUGUUUUAUACCCAACACCCCUCCAUUAGCAUCUCCAAGAAGUAGAACCUCUUGGAAAUCUGGACGGAAGACUUCAGUGCAUAUUGGAUAAAUAGCUCUUUCUUUCCUUCUCCCCACCCCUUCUCCAUUGUUUAAUUGGAAUACACAGCAUGUUUUAAUGGGCAGUCAAUCUGUUAUUUCUGGGGAAAACCAUAUUUUAAGGGACCAGGGUUCCCUGGUCCUUGCCUAUGACUGAAAUGUCAUCAGCUCUUAGGAUUCCCGUGACCCCAUUCCCUGGACCUGGUAUGUAGACCUCAUUCCUACAACUGCCCCACCUCUCCUCAUGCACUUGUUUGCUCAGAAUGUCAGAGACCAA